GCUGGUAUCGUCCAAGUGAACAAUCAGCCUGCCUCGAGGCGUAACAGCACUGUAACGAAGGCGAUGAUACAGAGGCCAGAAUGAACCAUGAAUGAAAAACACAACGGUCCUGUUAGCGCCGUGCGUUGACCUGACGCACACACGCGCCUCGCUCACUUGACACUGUCGCUGAGUCUGGUCAUUACCGCGCCCCCAGGAGCCUAUCACCGCACCUGAUGCACCGGAUGCCCUGCCUUAUAUCAAGCGGAGGCAGGAGGCGACUCCCCCUCGGUAUCGUCGCUUCUCACAAUUCUGCAUUCGUUCCGCAGCCCCUUAACUAUUCGCAAGGAAUAAGGUGGGCUUCUCCCGCGCAGACUGUUGCCCCCCACACAGCUCGUUUUCAUCUUCCCGUUCACGCUGUCGAUUGCGCUUCCCAUGGAGUACCUCACUUAUUUCCCGUACCAUGUCUGCUCGCAGCUAUGGGCCACCAUGAGCGCCCUGACCGGCUACGGGCAGCCGUGCUUCGCCCCGCGGGAUCUCCCCGAGUUCGACAUCGACGGAGAGACGGGCUUCGUCCCACCACGACCCCUCCCGCGGCUGCAAGGGGACUACCAGAUCUGGGAAGACACCCUCCGCGAGGCGGCGGGCAGGGUGAGCCUGGGAUGUGAUGAGAGCGACGAGGCGAUCUCCCGUCGCGCAUAUAGCAAAUCUUGGAGGCAAAAGGUUGACUCGUGGCCUGUCCUCGACACCUCCGAUUUCGGCCUCAAGGAGCAGCAGCGCGCGCACUACGUCCUUGCCUUCAUCUUGCAUUACUACGCGCAUUCCAUCCCCGACGACGAUAUGGACAAGUGCUCACCUAUCCAUAUCCCGAAGUCCCUUUCCAAGCCGCUUGUCGCUGUCUCGCGCGCGCUUCGCAUCGCCCCCGUCCUCACCUACGCCGACACCAUCAUCUGGAACCUCGAGCUCAUCAACCCGGAUGGCCCGACGACACCCGACAACCUCCAGAACGAGACGCUCUUCUCCGAGACCGAGGACGAGUCCGCGUUCUACAUGUCCCAGGUCAACUGCGAGCUUCGCGGCGCGGAGCUGCUCACCUGCAUGCAGGAGCUCUCGCAGAUGACGAAGGAGGACGCGAAGAACCCGGACAACCUUCCUUGCGUCUCCUGCAUGCUCACGCGCUUAAAGCUCGUCAUCGAGGAUCUCGACAAGCUCAUCAAGAGCGUCCGCCCGCUUUGCGACCCGCACCUCUUCUACUGGAAGAUCCGUCCCUGGUUCAUCGGCAGCACCAAGGAGCACCCGUGGAUCUUCGACGGCGAGGAGCCCGGCUCUGACCUCCUCGGCCCCUCCGGUGGCCAGAGCACGCUCAUGCACGCGAUCGACGUCUGGCUCGACGUCGACCACAUGCUCCGCUACAAGCGCGUCCCCGAGCCCUGCGAGGCGAACAAGCGCGCCGAUCUCGGGUUCAUGCGCCGCAUGUGGCGCUACAUGCCCGGCGUGCACCGCGACUUCCUCGAGUACCUCGAGGCCGCGCCCGUGCGCCUGCGCAACCUCGCGCAGGAGGUGCCUGCUCUUCUGGAGCCGUAUGACGCGGCGGUCAUGGCGAUGAAGCGCUUGCGGGACGCGCACAUCGGGAUCGCGGUGCUCUACGUUGUGUCCGCGGCGAAGGAGCUCCCGCCUGGCUGCCCGCUAUCGAUGAUGGCGAAGGCGAUGGAGGCGAAGGGUCCGGAGGGGAAGUCGAAGGGUACUGGCGGCAGCGAGGUCUCGACAUUGCUCAAGGCUGGUCGCGAUGCCACGAGGCGCACCAUGCUGAAGGAUAACUGCAAUUGAAGCGUGUUCGUUUAUUUAUUCUGCUUUGGUAGACUGUAACGUCCUGCA